CAACAAUGGGAAGAGGCACUGCGGCGGAAUGUCCGUCUGACCUGUGUAAUGUAAGCCCGUGAGAAUCUGCCCUGAACGUGGGCUUCUCAAAUUUAACUUGAACUGAAUGUAUAUAAUGGUGGUGAUUUUCGGGAGAGGAUCACCCAAACCAUCAUGUCUGUUCGCGAUAAGCACGACGUUGACGCUGAGAAACAUGGAGACGACGCACCUAGUGUCGUCCUUCAGGAAGAUACCGAUGUCGACCUCGCUACGUUCCACGAACUACACGCAGGUAGACUGGUCAUUGAUCCAGCAGAGGCCAAAAUCGAGUUCGGCGAGGCCUUCGCUUCCAAGCUCAAGCUCUCUCGCGAUGGGACCAAAGUCUUAUGGCCCCAACCGACUGAUUCAACACGUGAUCCCCAGAACUGGAGCAACACCCGCAAGAGCAUCCACCUCUUCAUCGUCACGCUGGCCUCUAUUGUUCCUGACUUUGAUAGUGGCAUAGGAAUUGCAUCCCUCUUUCCGCUUGCUGAGCAAUACGGUACUACCACCGGCGUGAUCAACAAUUUAACAUCGAAUUGGAGUAUCUUUCUCUUGGGAUGGGGAGGCAUCUUCGCGGUGAUGCUCAUUCGUCGGUACGGCCGUCUUCCAAUCUUAUUCUGGUCGCAAGUUCUCGCUCUUGGUUUCCUUGUCGGAUGUACCUUUGCGCCGAAUCUGGCAACUUUUGCUGGCAUGAGAUGUUUGACGGCUUUCUUUGCGACUGCGCCCCAGGUUGCGGGAUUAUAUAUCGUUACGGAUCUAUACCCUUUCCAUCUUCAAGCGCGAAAGCUCAACAUCUGGACAUUGGGGUUUAUCGUCUCCCCAUUCCUCUCUCCAUUCGCCUUCGGCUUCCUUGUCGCUCGACAAAGCUGGAGGUGGGCGUACGGAAUCGGCUGCAUCUACAGCGCUGUUGUUUGUAUUCUAAUCGCCCUUUUCAUGAGUGAAACGAUGUACGACCGAACCGUGAAACCCGUCCCAGAACCGCCUGUCACAGGCCUCCGCUACAGGAUCGAGACCCUCGUCGGUAUUACCGGAUUUAAAAUGGCGAAGUACCGUGUAUCUUGGGCGGAAUCAAUUCUCUCACCAAUCAAUGUACUCUGGAGGCCCCAUCUCCUGGGUGCUCUCUUAUUUGAGGGUGUCCUGUUUGGUUUUAGCAUUGGUCUCAACGUUACCAAUGUCGUGUUCUUAGGAACCCCACUGCCCGUUGGGUUCGGGUUUAGCCAGGACGCUAUCGCCGGAAUAUAUGGCACCCCAAUCGUAGCCGUACUUCUGGGUGAACUCGUCGGUCGCUAUACUAAUGAUUGGAUCAUGAACCUGAGUAUCAGACGCAAUCAUGGUGUUUUCGAAGCUGAGUCUCGACUUUGGGCUUGUUAUAUCGCUCUACCUCUGUAUAUUUGCGGUUUCGUCGCAUUCGGCGCAACAAUCGAGAAACACUUGAAUACUGGUGGUAUUGUCAUGGGAUGGGGUAUCGCGGAGCUGGCUACCAUGAUCAACACCGUGGCUAUAUAUGCGUAUUGCAAUGAUUGCUUCCCGAAACACCAAGGCGAAAUCAGUGCUUUGAUCAAUCUAGCACGAACUCUCGGAGGUUUUGCGGUCGCCUACUUCCAAGUGCCGUGGGCAGAAAAGCAUGGUGCAAUCCAAACAUUCGGUUGUGAAGCUGCGUAUGUACAUCGGAUGCAUGAAAACGAGAUUCUUCCUCUGAUGUUCUUGAUCAGAAUCGUGGCGGGAAUUUUCCUCCUGAUUGUACCAGCCCUGCAAAUAUAUGGUCGGAGUUUACGAGAACGCUUCUCUGUGGCAUAAUUAAUGUGCCCUUUCAAUGUCUUUUCACGAUUACUAGUUACAAAAGUCUGUAAACGCUACGUUACCUCCCGGAUGAAUGUAAGUU